AUGAGCUCAGCCCAGGCUCCCAGUGCUGAGGGGAUGCUGGUCACCUUGUGCUAUGAGGCAAAUGGCUCUUGCUACAGAACCUUACACCACUUUGGGGUCCAGCUGGCCAUUUAUCUAGCCUGUGCCUUGGGAGUGAUGAUUACAGUGCUGGGGAACCUGCUUGUGAUUGUUGUCAUUUCCCAUUUCAAAGCCCUACACACUCCCACCAGUCUCCUGCUCCUCUCCCUCGCCCUUGCUGACUUCCUCCUGGGGCUGACUGUGCUGCCUUUUAGCACCAUCUGGUCUGUUGAGAGCUGCUGGUAUUUUGGAGAUGAUUUCUGUAGGCUGCACACUUUUCUGGACACUCUCUUUUGCUUGACCUCCAUAUUUCAUCUGUGUUUCAUUUCCAUUGAUCGGCACUGUGCCAUCUGCUACCCUUUGCUCUACCCCACCAAGUUCACUGUAAGGGUGGCCUGCAUUUACAUUGGGGUGGGCUGGGCAGUGCCUAUGGCUUAUACCUCUGUUUUCCUCUACACUAAAGCGAUUGAAGAAGGAUUGGGCAAUUUUUUGCAAGACAUGUCCUGUGUUGGUAGCUGUCAGUUGCUGUUCAACAAGCUCUGGGGAUGGGUGAACUUCCCGGUAUUCUUCUUCCCUUGCCUCAUAAUUGUAGUCUCGUAUGUAAAAAUAUUCAUUGUAGCUAAAAAGCAAAUCAGAAUGAUAAACAACAUGAAUAGGAGUAUUGGGACUCAGCUACAUGUAGGAGCAUCCAAGAGUGAAAAGAAAGCAGCCAAGAUCCUUGGGGUAGCUGCAGGAGUCUACCUCCUGUGCUGGUUGCCCUUUACUAUUGAUACCAUGGUAGACAGUCUUCUGGAUUUUGCUACCCCCCCAGUUCUGUUUGACAUUCUAAUUUGGUUUGCUUACUUCAAUUCUGCCUGCAAUCCCUUGAUUUAUGUAUUCUCCUACCGCUUGUUCAGGAAAGCUGUAAAACUACUCUUAGCCCAUGGGAUCUUUUGUUCGAGGACAUCUACAGUAGAUUUGUACCAGGAGUAA